UGACAUAGCGCCCUCAUUCGCCAGACCUUUUUCAUGUAAACAUGGCAGCGCGCUUGAUUUUGCAAAGUGACUGGAACGAAUCGCUUUGGCAAAACGAAGGCCAGGCGUGGGUGCUUUGCAAGACACUCGGUGAAGGCAGUACCAGCAUUCAAGGAGAGUUGAAGUCUCAGGGAUUGGAUAACAAAGGAAUCCCUCAAGUUGUUGCGUCGGAGGGAUUCAGAGUUUUGGACAUCACAAGGAGGACGAUCACUAUUUCCUAUCCAGAGAAAGAUUUGAAGGCCAAAUUCCAAGCUGGCAGUGGUGCAUUCAGGAAUGUCCACACAAGGGGAAUUAUUAGUCUGGACAUUUCGUCCGGUGGUGCGCUGGGCGUGUCCUCAGAUUCCAACGAUUCAUUAAGAAUAUGGCAGACGUCGGACGGAACAGUGCGAAGAGAGCUGAAGGGUCAUUUCAGCGAGGUCAGUACCUGUCGAUUCUUCCCCUCCGGCGUGGUGGUGCUGACCGGUGGUCUGGACAGACAGGUCAAGGUGUGGUCAGUAGAGGACGGCAGCUGCCCGGUCACUCUGAAGGGUCACACGGGAGGCGUAUCCUGCAUGGCCAUUGUGGAUAAAGGCCGAAAUAUUGUCACUGGUUCCCGUGAUGGCACAGCCAGGCUAUGGAACUGCGGCAACUCCAAGUGCCUGGCGACCGUUCACAGCAUCAAGGGUUUUAUCAACGCAUGCGCCAUCGGCGAGGUCCAUGAGUCCGUCGACCUCGGAACUCCAGGAAAACCACCAGCGGAGGAAGAGUGUGGUACAGCAGGGAAGAUGUUGCUAUUAGCAACCGAGGGAGGCGAGCUGAUUGGUGUAGGGCUACAUAGCAGGAAAAAGAUUUUCCAAGUCGAGGGUUCGGCUGCCUUCAACUGCUGCGCGUUCCUGUCCAACGACUCGGUGGUUGCCGGGAGCCAAGAUGGAUCUAUUCACAUCUUAGAUGUUAGAAAUCACAGCCAACCUGCCAAAGUUGUACAAAAGACGUCCUCUCCCAUCCUGUGCAUUCAAGCUCACAAGAACGGCUUCAUAGCAGGGACAGGUAAGUCAGUCUAUACAAUUUUUGGAUGUUGCUGUGCCGUACUAUUGGUGUGUUCAAAUAGCUGUUCGGGUAAAGGCAGCCACGACAGCCAGGCUAAUCGAACGCUCAGCCAUGAACCAUCACAAUCCCUGUGUGAUGUCUCAAGUCGUGGCCGUAGCCACUGACAACACCCGUUUCUG